CACACGGAGAGGGAGGGAGUGAGAGGAGAGCUGCUUGCCCCAAACUCCGCACCGGGGAGGGAGCAUUUCCAGCCCCUCGGGAUGGCCACCAUCACCUGCAAUCGCUUCACCGAGGAGUACCAGCUCUUUGAGGAACUGGGCAAGGGCGCUUUCUCCAUCGUUCGGAGAUGCGUGAAGGUGUUGGCAGGACAAGAGUAUGCAGCCAAGAUCAUCAACACCAAGAAGCUGUCUGCUCGAGAUCACCAGAAGCUGGAACGAGAAGCCCGGAUCUGCCGCCUCCUGAAGCACCCCAACAUCGUGAGGCUCCAUGACAGCAUCUCUGAAGAGGGCCACCACUACCUGAUAUUUGACCUGGUCACUGGCGGGGAGCUGUUUGAGGACAUUGUGGCCAGGGAAUACUACAGUGAAGCGGAUGCCAGCCACUGCAUCCAGCAGAUCCUGGAGGCCGUCCUGCACUGCCAUCAGAUGGGGGUGGUCCACCGGGAUCUGAAGCCGGAGAACCUGCUGCUGGCAUCCAAGCUGAAGGGUGCUGCCGUCAAGCUGGCUGACUUUGGCCUUGCCAUCGAGGUGGAAGGGGACCAGCAAGCAUGGUUUGGUUUUGCCGGCACUCCAGGAUACCUCUCCCCUGAGGUGCUCCGGAAGGACCCCUAUGGCAAAGCUGUUGACCUGUGGGCUUGUGGCGUCAUCCUCUACAUCCUGCUGGUUGGGUACCCACCCUUUUGGGAUGAAGAUCAACACCGACUUUACCAGCAGAUCAAGGCUGGGGCUUAUGAUUUCCCCUCCCCUGAGUGGGACACGGUGACUCCCGAAGCAAAAGAUCUCAUCAACAAGAUGUUGACUAUAAACCCGUCCAAGCGCAUCACGGCAGCAGAGGCUCUGAAGCACCCCUGGAUAUCGCACCGUGCCACCGUGGCAUCAUGCAUGCACAGGCAGGAGACGGUGGAUUGUCUGAAGAAGUUCAAUGCCCGGAGGAAGCUGAAGGGAGCCAUCCUCACCACCAUGCUGGCCACCAGGAACUUCUCUGGAGGCAAAAGCGGUGGCAACAAGAAGAAUGAUGGCGUGAAGAAAAGAAAGUCCAGUUCCAGCGUUCAGUUAAUGGAAUCGUCGGAGAGCACCAACACCACCAUUGAGGAUGAAGACACCAAAGUACGGAAACAAGAAAUCAUUAAAGUCACAGAGCAGCUGAUCGAAGCAAUAAGCAACGGCGAUUUUGAGUCCUACACGAAGAUGUGUGACCCAGGGAUGACUGCCUUCGAGCCCGAGGCUCUGGGCAACCUUGUGGAAGGCCUGGAUUUCCACCGAUUCUACUUUGAAAACCUGUGGUCCCGGAACAGCAAGCCCGUGCACACGACGAUCCUGAAUCCCCACAUCCACCUGAUGGGAGAUGAGUCUGCCUGCAUCGCCUACAUCCGCAUCACACAGUAUGUGGACGCGGGAGGGAUCCCCCGCACCGCCCAGUCCGAGGAGACCCGUAUCUGGCACCGCCGGGAUGGCAAAUGGCAAAUCGUCCACUUCCACAGAUCCGGCGCACCCUCUGUCCUACCGCAGUAAGCCCUCUGAAGCGCGGUCCUGCCCGUGUGGGGUUUGUCACUGACUGACUACCAAGGGGAGACCUCCUCUGACAUCUUCAUCUACGGGACUUUGGCUGUUGGCUCUGCUGCUUGGUUCCUGCUGGAUUAACCCCUCGCUUCUCACCGCACACAUGCAAUGGCCCUGCUGGUGCCACGCAAGCAUCCCAUCUAAUCCCCCACCCUGCCAGGGCCGUGGCACUGGGCCCCUUCCUCUGCAUGAACCAAGAAAAGAGAAACCAUGAACCUAAACCCGAGCAUCUGGCCAGUGAGAUGAUGCGUGCCGGGGUAAACGCCUCCCUCCUCGGCUGUAUGGAGUUGCUGGGACCCCCCACCACCCAGCACAUCUCCUAAAUUGAGCUCGGACUGGUCAUCCGCCUCCAUCCCUCCUCUGCUGAGAGACCCCUGAGGAAGAGGAGGGCAGGGGGGCAGUUUUAAGCCGUCUGUGCUGCACCCUCUCUGCACGCUGGUGGAUUUUGCUUUGCUGCUAUUGAGGUCCUCAUCUGCCGCCGUGGCUCCUGCCUGCUCUUGACCUGAGCUCCCGCUUCCUGGCAGCCUUGGCCAGGGAACCGUGGUUUAAACCCGUUGCAAAGUCCAUAUUCCAUGUGCCCCCAGGCAAGGAGGGCAGUGUUUGGAUGGGUGAGUAAAGGCUAUCUGUUUAUAUUCCCUUCCGAGGAGUGUAGGCUGGCUCCUUCCCAGGAAAGCAAGUGGGUUUGUGCCCUGGCUCUGGGUGGCUGGCAUGCUGAGAGGGAUCCUCUCCCUCCUUCCUCCCUUCUCCCUUCGGAGCAGGGACCGGUGAAGCUGGGAGAAGAGAGGAGGAGAAAGAUGACUGCUUCCCAGCACUGUGUUGGCACAGCCAGGAGCCGGGGCUCUCCCAGCCAUGCCAUGGCGGUAGCAUUGCUCCUGCACCCUCCUCCCCACCCACCACCCAGCCUGGGUCCUUUACUCCAGCACCCAGCCCUGCCGGGCACCCACCCCUGCCCCUUGCAUGCAGCACCCGGCGUUCCCCCACGCCCGGCUCCCAGGCUGGGAUGGGGGCAGCCGAGCUGGCCACCGAUUCCGGGCACAAACCUCCAUCGCCCACACGACUCUUUCCAGCGACGACGAGGAAUGCAAGCUUUAUAAAGUAACAAAACUCUGCAGAAUCUGAUCACGCUUCGAAGAAAACAAACAAGCCUUUAGCUGUCUUCUACUUUGAGCGCAUGCCUUUUUAUAGGGAAAAGAAAACAACCUACUGUGUAUUUCGUAACUUGAUUUUGAGUAUUUGCUGAAAUGGAUCUUUAUGUAAUAACUAGAAACAUGCAACUGUUUAGGGCAGGGAGGGUGGGGGGAUUUUGGGGGAUUGCUGUUUUUCGUUGCGUUUACGUUUGGAGAGGGGUUGUGACACCAUGAUGCUUCUACCAGGGGUCCCGCGGCUGCCAGCCCCCAUCUUGCGCCACGACGGCUUGUCCCAUCCUGUCCCGCAGCACUGGGCAGGCGAAGGCACUCACCUCCCCGGGGCACCCAUCUCCAGGGGCACCCCGCUCCCCAGGGCACCUUCCCACAUGCCAUGGGUCUUUCUGCAGGACAAACCCAGGCGGUGGCUCUUGGGGAGCCACCAGGAUGUGGCUUUCAGGACAGAAGACAUGGCCGGGAAGGGGAAUUUUGGUCUCGCCUCUUUGCAGUCAGGUAGAGGUCCAAGGAUGGGUAUUUUUCUGGCAAUUCUUCCUUCCGUGGUUCUUUUUCUGACUGGAACCUCUUUGCUCAUUGACGUGAGACUCCUGCAGCGCUGCUGCCCUGGGGGACUUUCUAGCUGCACUCUCUUCAUCUGCAUGGCGUUUAACUUUCUAGACGGUGCGUGUGUUGAAAAACAAAGAAAUGAACAAAAACCCGCUUGUUUUGGACAUAAAAAAAAAAAAAAAGAAAAAAAAAGGAAAUGUUUUCUCCAUGUAAAUUCUGAGCGUGUAUUUUGCCUUUUCUGUGGUUUUGAAUGCUUUGCUCUCUGUCGAGGCAGGGAUGGCUGCUGUGUGAAACGCAGCCACAUCCUUGCAGACUGCAAAAAUAUUUUCCUACUGGAUGGAGGGGUAGAAAUCCAAACUGUUGGGGCAUGAACAGGCCCUGAGAGGUGUUUCGGUGUGUCCCGCUGUGCCGGCAGUGCGAUAGUUGCUUGCUGGCAAUGUGUGUAGGAGAUGAUGCCUUUCUGAGGGCAAAUCAGACAGGUUCUCCAUGGGUGCAAAUGUGUGUCCCUGUGCCCUUGGUCGACCUGUGCUGUUUGACCGUGGAGCUGUGUUCACUUGCAAGAGGUGGCCUCAAAGUAGGGAAAUCCAUGGAGGGAGAAGAUUAGUUUUUAAGAUAGAGUUUGGUUGUUUUUACAGAUCUGUUUUUCUUCCUGUAGUCGCGUAGUGCUGAAGUUAUUUUCAUUUUUAAAGGAAGGACUCAGCUCUUUCACAGUUCUCUCUCUCCCUCUCCAGAACUGGCUCUGAAGCCAGCCCUGGUGAACCUGAUGCCCAGGUUCUCUGGGUGUUAGGAGUAUUUUUGGGGAUCGGUAUGAGACGGAUGAGGAUGGAGGAGGUCACAGCACAGCUCUGCAUGGGGGCUGUAGUGCAGAUGUGAUUUCAGCCUGGUUUUGGAGCUGCCGAUAGCUGUGGACCUCAGGUGGGCUAUGAGGGUGAAGCUGCUCCAGCAGCUUCUUUUGGAGAAGGGUCUAGGACAGGGUGUGUGGUGGGGUUUCCCAGGGAUGACAGAUGAGAUGCUGGGGUAGAUGCAAUCUCUUUUCACUGAGAGUCCACUUUAGGCAGUCCCUGCUAGGAAGGAACGUCUUAGUUUCCAGAGAGGCUUUGAGCUGUCUUCUUGGAGGUGGUUUCUCCUCUUUGAGGCUUCCCUACUGUCAUCUCUCCAGGGACAGGUUCCUCUGGAGGCAGCUGGAUGUCCUUGCAACACCCAAAAUGCUCCCGAUCCUUUCCAAGGGAAGCAGAGUCUGGGGUUUCAACUCCUUUCUAGUCUUCCAGUCAAGCUGAAGUCUGACCAAGGAAGACCCAACUUCCCAACCUGCCCACGUUGGCAGCAUUAAGCACCUGCACUUUAGGGGUCUGUUCUGCCUGGUUUUUCUUCCCCACCUCACCCUGCUUCUUCAGAGCAGGUUCCUGAUAUAUCCCCAGAGCAUCUCUGAGCAAGCACUGAUAAACCACCAUCCUUUCUUUUAGCAGCCAUGGUGAACAGCUUCUGUCUCUGUCUUCCUUCACAUUUCCUGAUUUCUCCUAAAUCUGCAGGAAAACUAAAAAAAAACAAAACACAAAAAACAAACCACCGACUGCCACCAUCCUUCUUUGACUUACAGAGCCAGGGACACUGCCCUUACAUCUGUACUUUUAAGCUGAUGGCACCAUCCCUCACACAUACGAACUGGCAUCGCCCCAACAAUCCUACCAUGGUUCUGGGAAUGAUAUGGUCCAGGGCAUGCUCCCAACAAGCAAUAUGGACAAGGCUACCUUGUUGGGAUGGAGUUCACCACCAUGGUCCUCCUGUCCCCAUCAGGCUUGUGGCACAGUUCCUUUCCUAGUAUAGACACAGCCCAAGCCUCCUGGUUGCCUGGCCAUCCGGGUCAAACCAAACUCAGAAGUCCUCCAAAACUGAUCAUCUCUUCCACCUCUUGCAGACCACGGGGGAUAUCUGAAUGGAAGCACUUGCUGCGGUGGUCCCAAGCUCCCAGCUCUGCAGGUGGGCUUGGGAAUCACCUGUUUUCCCUUCCUGGCUGCCAGGGUCCAGGUCCAGCUGCAACAUCAUCAUUUCUCAGGUCUUGCUGGUGCAGCCACUCUGGAAGAAGAAGAGGCCACUCCUGGGGCUCUGCUCUUUGCUGGAGGAGCAGGCGCUCCCCUCCUUACCCCAGCCAGGCACAGCCAGGAGAGCUGUCUUUCCCCACCGAGUAAAUGCCUCAUCUGCCAGAUACCGAACCCUCCUCUGACCUCCAUGAGCUGAUGUCCCCAUGGAGCCCCAGAGGUUGGAGCAGGCAGCAGCAGCCAUCUGCCCUGACUUUGAGCUCAUGGUCUGCUCUGCAGUCCAUGUCAGGAUCUCUGGGGAGGACUAGCAAACAGCAGUGCCACAUAUCCCCAUGGACCAAGAGGUAUCUGUCAGCAGAAGAUCCCAUAAUCAUCUCCUCUGAUCAUCCCAGGAUCUGACCUAGUCCUUCUUCUCCACCACAGGACAUGUCUCAUGGUGUACACCACUCUCUUGAUGCAACCACCAUCCUCCUGACUGAUAGCAAAGUAGACACCUUGCCAUUACCCAUUUCCAAAGGUGCAGGUCCCAGCUCACCCAUACCAGACAGGGAAACCUGGAUGUGAACAGGCUGUGAGAACAUCAGAGGAGGGGCUGGUGGGGCCUCUGCCAUCCAUCCCCAAAAGGCCACCCAGCAGCUCCCUGCCCCUCAGCUGAAAGGCCUUCCCACCCGCAGGUCCACAUGGAGUGGGAGAUGGGAUGGUAGAGGGGGCUAUAUCGAGCGGCUCCUUCCUUCUUUGGAUUGUUGUCCCUUUUUUCUAACUGUUGCACAAUUUUAGGGCUUUUGUAACAUUUUUUGGACAAGCAGGGAAAAUAUGUUAACAGUGGUUUAAGAAAAAAAUAUCUCUCUCAUAUAUUAUAUAUAUAAAAAUAUAUAUACAUACAGGAAAUCUCUAUGGAAAUAUUUAUUUAAGAUGAUUGCAAAAAAUAUAUUAUAAUUAAGAAUAUACCAAGCUUUGUCACAUGACAAAAAAAUCAGGCCCCAGGGAGAGGUAGCUGCCUGUCCCCUCAUGUCUGUCAAUCUGUACGGUUGCAGCUGAAGCCUUUCUCUUAUCUUUUUGUAAGUGCACUCGAACUGUUGAGCAGUGUGACCGUGAUGGAUUCAGCGGGAGCUUGAUGGGAGGGGAGGAUUGGUUUUGUUUCCUUAUCCUUUGUUUUUUUUGGAACCUGUGGCUGUGAACAGAAUGAUCACUGCUCAAAUCGGAUGCUCUAUUUGGGGAGGGCGGU